AAUGAGUCAUCGAUUACCAUACCAACGAGUUCGGUCAAGCUACUGUUGAUCUUGCUGGAGGGAACAUUGUCAUUCAGGAACUGCAACAAAUGUCUCUCCGGGAGGCCUAUACAACCCUCUUCUUGUCCAUCCUUGACAAGGACGGGGAAAUCAAGGACACAGCUGACUUGAAGCAUGAGGGGAAAUCUGUUGAUCAGGAAACCGUUAUCGGUGUGCUGAAGAGUUUGGAGAGUCGCGAGGUCAUCAAAUACGAGACCAUUUCUCGCGAACAACUAGUGCUUACAGAAGAGGGAGCGGACAUUGCUGACAAUGGAAGUUACGAAGCCCGAGUCUUUUAUGCUGUGCCAGAAGGAGAAGAGAACGGAAUCUCUGUAGCCGAUUUGAAAAGUAAACUUGGGCAAGCUGCCCAGUUUGGACAGGGGCGGGCUAUAAAGAACAAGUGGAUCAAAAAGAGUGCCAAUGGUGGCUUUACGAGAGCGGUCGAGUCCAUUGUGGAUGAAUCGCAGAAUCUUUUGCGAGACAUCAGGGAAAAGGGGGCAUAUCAUGAUGAGAAAGUGGUAAAGGAUCUAAAAAAGCAAAAACACAUCUCAGCAUCAAAGGUUACCUCUUACCGGGUGGUCAAGGGAGACAAGUUUACUACCCAGAUUGUCAAGGAAGAGACGGAUAUUACAGAGGAAAUGCUGAAGAGUGGGGAAUGGAAAACAGCUACUUUCAAAAAAUACAACUUCAACGCAGCAGGUGUGCAACCCCGAUCAGGAGCGCUGCACCCGCUCAUGAAAGUUCGGGAAGAAUACCGCCAAAUUUUCCUGGAACUCGGUUUCUCUGAGAUGCCUACUGCCCAAUACGUUGAAUCAUCCUUCUGGAACUUUGAUGCUCUCUUCCAACCCCAGCAACAUCCCGCGCGUGAUGCUCACGACACCUUCUUUCUUUCCGACCCUGCGACGAGCGACCGGAUGCCCAUGGACUACGUGGAGCGUGUAAAGCAAGUUCACUCUGUUGGUGGAUAUGGAUCGAUUGGUUACGGCUACGAUUGGAAGAUUGCUGAAGCUGAGAAACUUGUUUUGAGAACACAUACGACAGCAGUUUCUUCAAACAUGCUCUACAAGCUCGCAAAAGAGUUUCAAGAGACGGGAGAGUGGAAGCCUGUCAAGUGGUUCUCUAUCGACAAGGUGUUCCGGAACGAGACUCUUGAUGCUACCCACUUGGCAGAAUUUCAUCAAAUUGAGGGUGUCGUUGCAGAUCGGGGAUUGACGCUGGGAGAUUUGAUUGGCACAUUGCACGGUUUCUUCAAGAAACUUGGAAUUCAAAAGCUCCGCUUCAAGCCUGCCUACAACCCCUACACCGAGCCUAGUAUGGAAAUUUUUGCUUGGCAUGAUGGACUCAACAAGUGGGUCGAAAUUGGAAACAGUGGCAUGUUCCGACCCGAGAUGCUUUUGCCCAUGGGUCUUCCCGAGGAUGUUGCGGUGAUUGCAUGGGGACUGUCAACGGAAAGACCUACCAUGAUCAAGUACGGAUAUAACAACAUCCGGGAUUUGGUGGGACACAAAUGCCGUUUAGAUAUGGUGAAUCGGAAUCCGAUUGCGAGGGUUGAUAAAUGAUUUAAUAUAGUGUAGAGGGGCAUACUCAAAGAUUUGAUAGAGAGCCAUCUGUACAAAAUCAAAAACUCUCCUGUCAUAAACUACAUAUAACCACUACCAAACUCCCACAUCUCGACAUAAUUGUAUAACCUCCUCAAACACCUGUCUGUCUACUUGUUCAACAU